AUGAACAAAAUUAUUUUUAGUUUACUUAUUAUUCAUUUAUUUUUAUUCAAAUUGAUUAUAACAAAACGUAGAAAUGAUGAGAUCAAACAACAAGUUAUUCGUGAAUCUCAUCUAAAUAAAAAUAGUGUUACAAAUAAAAAUGAAGAUCAACAACGUUACUUAGCUGAUAUAAAAUUUGAAGAACGUUGUGACCCUAAAAAUAAAAAUUUCGAACGAAAUUGUUCACCAUUGGAACAAUGUUUAUUAACAUCAUCAACUCAUAAUCCAAUUAAAAAAUAUUCAUUGAGAACAGUGCUGGAACCAAAAGAAGAUGCUAAUCAAUUUCUUGCUUUUUCUAGAAGAAAACGAUUUUUUUAUCUUCUUUCAUAA